UGUCGUGUGACAAACUUUGACUGGUGCACUCACUCGUCCGUAUGAAAUCAUGCAAGAAUGCGGGGCCUAUCAAGCGGAGGCUGCACGUGCGCCGCACCCGCGGUCCACUGGGGCGCUCGCUAGCUUGUACCACACGCCUUAGCUACAUGGCUCAAAGCACGCUGCAAUCGCGCAACAAAUCCGUGACCUUGGCGCUCGCGCUCGCGCUCGGGCCAGCAAGCUGCUGUAUCCGCUCGCUCGUACGACAAGAGCAUGACCUGCACGUGCACGUGCACGUGACGCGACAUUUCCCCCCCAGCCCCCAUGCAGCUUUCUUUUUGCCCCCCUUUGCCCGCGCCUAUCAAAAUCUCGUUCAUCACAAGCUUGCCACCCUCGAAAGUCUUGCAGAAAAGGGAAUGGGGGGGCGCGUAACCCUCAUCUCGCCUGUCUGCGCGGAGAAUACGAACUCGCAACAAGACGAUCAGCGCACGAAGGAGGGCGGGGCGAGUCCGGUCCGGCUGCUUGCGCUGGUGGGUCGAUCUUGUGUGCGGACUUGACCGCAGUGAAUGAUAUGGGGGUGGUGGGAUGGAUGAUGGGGUUUCGCAACGCGCAGGAAAGCCUCCACUCCGUGAUUCUCCGUCGGCCUGUCAUCUUGCGCUCCAUCGCAUGUGAGGCUUGAGUGGGGAA